AUGUUCACUGGAUUCGUUUGCUUCGUCGAGAUUGGACCUCUUCCCUUGGAUGUCAAGUAUCUACUUAACGAGUUCAUGUUCGACACAUCGACAGCGGAUUGUCUGAACGUCUUGCCUUGGAGAAUGGGAUCUCAACGGGAACCUGGUGUUGUUUUUCAAGUCAAGGGGCCAACUACUUUUAUCCUGAUCCGCAAAGACGAGCCGCCAGCAGAGGGAUUCUCAUCCCCAUCAGGAGGAGUGUUGCCCGUAUCCGUUGUUCUCACAUUAAGACCGAUGGAGUGGCUCAGGGUGCCUGGGAGACUAGGCAAGGUUGCUAAUCCUUACGAACGGCAUAGUAAAAGGGGAAGCUGGGAGGUAGAGAUCACAAAUCCGAAGGGGCCAAAGAGAAGAUAUGCCCCUAUUGACGUGGCUCCCGAGGACGUACCGGGAGACUUGAAGAUCCGAGUUCAGAAAGAACCAUCCGACGGCGAUGAGAUUGGGAGGUAUCUCAAUAACCUGAGAGAUGGAGAUAUAGUCAUGGUAACAGGGCCAAUAAGGGAGGAAAAGAAUGUAGCAAAGACCUAG